AUGCUUCCCCCUCCGCUACUUCAUCACCUCCUGCUCGUCUGCAUCCACCUUGCACUUUUUGCUCGAGCUUGUUUUGGCCUGGUGGUUCUGGUCCAGAGACCUGCCGUGGCGAUGUUUCAGCGCCUCCGCGACGCCAUCGACUCUCGCAUUGCAGAGGAACAGGCUCGCCAGAAGUCUGCUCAGGAAAACAUCUCCCGUUCCAAUUCCGCCCGUCGUCCGGCCUCGAAUAACCUCUCGCCCGGUCAACGAUCCCGUCCGAGACGCAACACCGGCACUCCCGUGCGCGGCCCCGAUCCAAAAGAAUUUGAGGCCGAAUUCGCCAUCGGGGAUGAUGAGGAUUCCAGUCGCUCAGUCACCCCGCGUCUAGAAACGCCUGACAAUCUCUCCGAAGUGACCACGUUGGCCACCACAGCGGCCGAAGGUGAGAACGCGGAGGAGGGAGAGGGCAAGCCGACUCCCGAUGCGUCCGACAAACUGGCCCCUGCCGCAGCGGAAACAGAUUCCAAGAGCCCUGCGCCGACGGAGUUGUCGUCGGAUGUGAGGGCGAAGCUACGAAGGCUUGAUAAACUGGAAUCACGAUACCAUGAACUUCUCAAGGCAUACCGUGUGGCGCACUCGCGCGUCCUAUCAAUCGAGCCCUUCGAAGCUGCCCUCCGCGAGAACACUCCUCUGACAUCGAUCGCCGAACCGAAAGCGAUGACCGAAUAUCUGAACCAGAUGUCUCUCAAGAGUGAUAUGGUGGUGGAUGAGCUUAAACGUGUAUCUACGGAACGGGAUGACUUUAAAAAGAAAUUGGAGGAAGCUCAAAAGUCUGCCAAGGCAGCACACGACGAGUUGACUGGACUCAAGAAGGAGAGAGAGACGUCUACGACGGAAGAAACAAAGUCACCCAAAGAAAUUGAAGAAACAAGUGAAGAGUUCUUCUCAUUCGAUAAUGAGGUCCCUCGACUGGAAGGCGAACUGAAGGAAAAGCAAGAACAGGUGGACAGUCUCAAGACUGAGGUCGAGAAGCUCAAGACGGACCUUUCGGUUACACGGGAGUCGACAGAAGGCAUGGUGCAAAACCUGGAGUCCGCGACCCGAGAACUGGUGGAGCUGCGAGACACCAAGGAUAAACUGGAAUCUGAAGUCGAGAACUUGAAAACCACGAAGCAGGGCGAUGUCGACGAACUCAAGGCCAAGCUUGCGACCGCUGAAUCGUCCCUCGCAACGGCUACCUCCGAGGUUGACCAGCUCAAGACUGACUUGAAGACCAAGAACGUUGAAAUUGAAAAACUACAGGCCCAGGUGGACGAGGCUGAGAAGACAAAGGAAUCUAAGCCUGACUCUAACUUGGCUUCUCAACUCGAGAAAACCAAGAAAGAGAAAACCGCCAGUGAGAAGAAGCUAGGCGUACUGCAAGGUUUGGUUGAAAGCCUUCGAACGCAGCUUAGUGAUACAGAGUCAAACGUGUCGGAUUUGAAGAAAGACUUGGAACAAAAAUCCGAGGACUCGACCAAACUUCAACAAAUCGUUGAUUUUGUUGAUGAAAAUCUGAAGGAGAAUGCCGCUUGGAAGUCCGCGAAAGAGAAUGUCUCCGCGGGACGCAAAGGCGAUUUCGAAGAAAUUCGCAAGAGCCUGGCUCCGGCCCAAACGAGCGACAACCCAACCACUCCCGCAGUUACUUCCAACGCCGAGGAAGAAAGUCAGCCUAUCGCAACCACUAACACCGGCGGCGGUGGCGGUGGCGGAAAGAAGAAGAACAAAAAGAAGAAGAAGGGAGGCAGGGCGGCAGAGGAAGCCCAAAAGCCGGCCGAGCCUACACCUGCAGAGCAGCCAACGAAAGAAGAGCCUGUUGUAGCUGUCUCAUCUGCUGAAUUUAACAGUCUCAAAGAGAAGAUUGAGUCAUUGACUCAGCAGCUAUCAGAAAAAGAAGCCGCCAUCGAUCGCCUGAGCGCCAAGCUGAAGGGCGAGGAGGACCUGAAGGAGGAGAUCGAAUCCCUUCGCGAUGAUCUCGUCAACGUUGGUCAGGAACAUGUUGAAGCCAAAGACAAGAUUAAGGAGCUUGGUGCUGAAAAGUCCGCGCUGCAAGAAACAAUCAGCAAGCUGGAGAAGGAAUUGGCUGAAGUUAAAACAAGCAGUGCUUCUAGUACUGCUGACUCGGAGAAGAUGCAUACUGACCUCAGGGAUGAAUUUGAGCGUCUAAAGACUCGGGCUGCCUCUUUGGAGACAGACCUCUCCGCUGCCCAUCAACUGGCUGCGACCCGCUUCAAGGAUCUAACGGACCUGCGGGAAACCCUGCAGAAAAUCCAGCCUGAGCUGCGCAACCUGCGUGCUGAGUCCGCAGAACUGAAGAACCUGAAGGAGACACUCUCCGGCAAACACAACGAGUUGAGAAAUCUUGAAUCCAAGCACGAGGAUCUGCGUGCGGAAUUGAGAACUGUCAAGACGAGAGUGUCCGAGCGAGAUUCCGAAGUCAGUACUUUGAACAAGAAGAUCCGCCAAGAGACUGAUAGUCGCCUUAAGGCUGAAGAGCAGCUCACGGUAGCUCAAUCAGACCUUCGCUCUGCCGAGACUAGAAAGCAGGAUGCAAUUAAUGCUAAAGACAAGAUUACUGGGGACCUGACUAAGGCCCAGGAUGGUCUGAAGAGCUCGCGAGCCAAGAUCCGUGAAUUGGAUGAGCAGAUGUCUCAACUCAACAAGGAGCUCGAGGGCCUACGGGAGGAAAUUCAGCUCAAGACCGCUCAACACGCUAGUGCUCAAAGCCUGAUGGGUAGUAUGCGUGACCAGACCGCUGAGAUGGCCAUGCAGAUGAAGGAAGUGAAGGAGAGAUCGGAGAGCCUAGAAGAGGAAUUAGCCGAAGCCCACCGUCUACUUGGUGAGCGAACUCGUGAGGGCGAGACGAUGCGCAGGCUGAUCAAUGAUAUUGAGAGCCGCGCCGAGGCCAAGGUCCGCGACUUCAAGGAGCGGAUGGAAGCUGCGGUUGAGGAGCGCGAUCGUGCUGAAGAUGAAGCCAGCUCUCAAGGCCGACGCCGAGCCCGGGAAAUGGAAGAACUGAAGGCCAAGGUGCGGGAAGCAGAGCGUGCCCUCCGGACUGCGGAGGAAGACAAAGAAGAUCUUGAACAUUCCCAAAAGGACUGGCGUCGCCGCCGUGAUGAACUGGAGUCACUCUCAGAGCGAUCCAAUCAAGAAGUGACCGAGAUCCGGGAGGCCAUGGCUGGUCUACGGGAGCAACUGGAUGAAAGCGAAAAGCAGGUCCGGGACCUGGAAAAGGAAAAAGCUGAGUUGCGGCGCUCUGUCGAAGAGACCAACAACCGGUUGGAGAAACUCCGUCGAUCACACAAAACCUUAGGCGAAGAUGUUCGCCUCCGUGGCCUCGAAUCUGGGCGUCAAUCGUCUCGGUCCUCGAUGGACUCUGGAUCCAGGCGCCCUAGCGGUGUCCUUUCCCCUUCGGCUCCGGAUCGCAGCACAUCCAGUCGCCGCAGUGAGACGCCUAACGGUGCUGGUGGCGGUGGUAGCGCCGGGUCUAUCGAUUAUAUGUAUCUCAAGAACGUCCUUCUGCAGUUCAUGGAACAGAAGGACAAGAAUUACCAGAAACAGCUGGUUCCUGUGCUGGGAAUGCUGCUUCAUUUCGAUCGGACGGACGAACAAAAGUGGAUGUCAGCCAUCAUGUCUCGCUGA